AUGGAUUCUUUCUGUGAACAAAAUCAACAAACAAAUGUUCUUGUAGUUACUCUUCAAGCUCAAGGCCAUAUAAACCCUUUACUACAACUGGGCAAGCGCCUUGUUUCUAAAGGUCUCCAUGUCACUCUCGCUAUCCUCACCAAUGCCCCGACAAACAGUUCCUCGGCCCUGAACUCCAUCGGCAGUGUCCACAUAGAGUUCUUCUCUGAUGGUGUAACUAUGGACUACAGUCGAGAGGUUGAUAUGGACUAUUACAUGGACUCGGUAGGCAAGUUUGCACCCGCUAACCUCUUGGCCUUUAUCCGAUCCCAUCGAAGAAAAUUUGCAUGCAUCAUUACCUCACCUUUUUUGCCGUGGGUGGCUGACGUCGCGAAAGAGGUUGAUGUACCAAACGCCAUGCUAUGGAUCCAAGCAUGCGCCCUGUACCAGAUAUACCGUCGUUAUUACAAUCAGCUCGAUGAGUUCUCUUCCGAAAGUAACACGAAUAUGAGCGUGAAGCUGCCCGGGUUGCCUGUUUUUAGCGCGGAUGAGUUGCCUUCGUUUGUUCUUCCAUCGAAUACGGUUCAUAGCAUUGAUGGUAUACUAAACACAGUGUUUCAUAGCUUACACAAGGUGAAGUGGGUGCUGGGGAAUUCGUUCCUAGAGCUCGAGAAAGAUGUCAUCGCGUCGCUGAAUGAAGCUGGCUGCCCCUUUUGGCCCGUGGGACCAUUAGUUCCAGCGACGCUUUUGGGUAAGGAAGAUUAUAAUGAUCAUGAUGGUUAUGAUAUUUACAAAGCUAACAGUGAGAGUGAUUGUAUAGAGUGGCUAAAUCAGCAAAAACCCGCUUCGGUUGUUUAUAUAUCAUUCGGGACUGUACUGUCAGUGUCUGUAAAAGAAAUAGAGAGUAUAGCUGCGGGUCUGAAAAGUAUAAACCGGCCGUUUCUCUGGGUGAUAAGGUCACUAGAAAAUCUAGAAUUUGGGUUUUUGGAAGAGAUUAAAGAACAAGGAUUGGUCGUGAGUUGGAGCCCACAAACGAAAGUGUUGUCCCAUCCGUCAGUCGGGUGUUUUUUGAGUCACUGUGGCUGGAACUCGUUGUUGGAGAGCAUUGCUGCUGGUGUACCCGUUAUUGGGUGUCCGCAGUGGACUGAUCAGCCCACAAACGCAAAGCUUGUGAUGGAUGUUUGGGGUGUUGGUGUGAAGCUGAAGAUGAAUUCAGAAGGUGUUAUUAGUGGGGAGGAAGUGGGAAGAUGCGUGGAGGAGGUUAUGAGUGGGCCGAGAUCAGAAGAGUUCAGGAAGAAUGCUUUGCAGCUGAAAACAGUGGCGCGUGAGGUGUUGGCAGACGGUGGUUCAUCGGACAACAAUAUUAAGAUGUUUGUAAAUGAAGUCAUUUCUUCUUGCUCAUCACAUUCCAAACAGAUUUAGCAAGUCAAACAUAACAUAAUUCGUUCAAAUA